AUGGACUUCUCUCUGGGCCUGCGCUUGGGGCCUCAGAACAAGAAGGCUACAUACCAGCAGCCCCCUACAUCCCCGGGGCAUGGCCCACCGGCUGCCUCUCCUUGUUUGCCCUGUCCCCCCUCUGCCUGUGCUAGUCUCUGUCCUGCCUGUCCCCCUCCCACCUGUUCCUGCACUGCCUGUCCUUCUUAUGCAGCUCCCUGCUCCUCAUGUCCCAGCCUCCCCGGCCCACCAUGCACCUGCUCUUGCCCUCCGUGUCCUGCCUGUCCCCCCGUGUCUCGCCCCCACACCACCUGCAGCCCAUGCUCUGGCCCAGCCCUGACCUGCUGCCACACCUUGCCUUGCCCCACUUGCCCUUGCUCCCAGGGCCGAGCUGCCUGGUGGACCUCCGGCUUGGGCUGCAGUGAAGGCUGUAGUGGAGGCUGGGUGCCUGCCUGGGGGCCUCCGCGCUCCAGUGGCUAUUACAGGGGCCGGCGUGCUUCUCAGGGGUGCUGUCUGAUAGUCUAGGUGGUUCUGCUGCCCUGGAGAGAUUGUCCCUCAGGCUCCUGGUGCCCUUCUGUGAGCAGUCGAGCAGAGUGAUCAGCUGGAGCCUUUGCCAGGCCUUAGCGGGCAUCGGCACUGAAGUCUAUUUCUGAGUGU